AUGAUUAGCCCAGAAAAGGAGAGCGACUCAAUGACUGAACAAGAGCAACCAAAUACAGAUAUAAAUCUUCUUGAGGAUAUUUUUAGUAAUAUAGGUAUAGAAUCACAGCCACCACUUCUGAGUCAAGCCAAGAGUCUUGAAGAUCUCAGAACUCCCAAAGAAGACCAUGAAGACCACUUCACAUUUGAUUAUCAGAGAAUGGAUCUUACAGUCCCAGAGAGAAAUCGUUUGAUGCCAACAAUGAAGCACAACCAUCAUUACAACAAAUUGUGGGGCAUGGGGCAGGAUGAUAUGGCAAUUCCAAAUAAGUACAUUCAAACUUCACCUGAAAGAUACCAGACCUUCCCCCGAAGUGACACAAGCACCCCACAAAGAGAGAUUAUAUCAUUUGCUAUAGAAAAAGAGGGACCAUUCAGCAGCAACCAAAGCAGUAUCACAAUCCCACGACCACAUGGAAGGAAGACUCCAGAGCUGGGUAUUGUCCCACCUCCACCAGCACCCAGACAAUCUAAACAGCAGAAUGCUCCAGCAUUGACAGAGCCAGGGAAACAUUCACUUGGGGAAAGUAUGGGCUUCCCUCUUCAAACAGCAACAGGGUCUUUUGCGGAAGUGCUAGCAGCCGACAGCAACAGACAAGUUCCUGAUUCCAGUUCUAUGGACCUUCUGCAACCUGUCAAAGUUUCCACAGAUGUUUACCUAAAUGAUGAUAUUCUAAGUCUUUUGGAUCCUUUAAAAACAGAUCAAAGGCAGAGCGAAAGCUUGCCUACUGUUGCUGGGAAUAUCCAGAGCUCCGAAGUGGCCCAUCCUUCCAAUACUCCAUGUUAUGCUCCAUUGCAA